UAAAUUAAUCCCUUAUUCAGGGUCCGUCCCAACACGGAGCGCCGUGCCUGAAUGUAACUGUACCCCAUACGAGCUGAUCAUGUGCCUCGGCCUCACCCCUCCACCAUAAUCCCGGACUCUUUCCAUUCAAUGCCCAAUUCUCCUUCACCCGGUCCCAAUCUCGAUAGAUUUCUAAAUACCGCAUUCAUCGGGUCUCAAAAUGGUGCCCUUUCGUAACUUCUUGGCCAGAAAAUCUGGUGCUUUGAACAACGCGCAAAUCGAGAAUAACAACAAUGAAAACGAGCCUCCUUCCACGGAUAGCCAGCGCGGGACUCCCCUGAGUGUCAGGACGAGUAGCGACAACCCCGAUCCUCCGGAAUACAAAUUGAGCGUUGUCGAUGACAAUGGUUCUUAUCUGCCGCCCUCACCACCGGAGAAACAAAGCUUUUGGAGCAGAUACCCUGGCUCAAACAGGUCGUCAAAUAACCAUCGGAGCCUUGUCAAUGAUAAUGAGCCAUUCUCGAUAUCCCGCGAAUCGUUCGAUUCUUAUCGUCGGUCCUUUGAUAUCUCUGCCCGUUCCCCCGUGAGCUAUAGCGACACAAUGCCAUCUCGAACUUCCCUCGACUCCCGCUUUUCCCGCAUCACAUCCCCUUCUCUGGGCCACAACGGAUUCGACAGACCUGAACCCAUGGAAGAGGAGCAAUUCGAAGACGUCGGGCUCACCGAUGAUGAAGUGAAGCCGCCACCAAAAAAGAAAAACGUGUUCUCGCGAUUUGGCGAUUUGAAUUUCGCAAACUCGAGCGACUCCCAGUCUUCAACUGGUUCGAAAAUCUCGUCGCCGUUUGGCUUUCAUCUUCCGGGAAGGAAACGAGGACAGAGCGGUGCAGGGUCUGAGCUAGGAACGGUGAACCCACCAUCUGGCGACCACAAUGUAAAUGGACAAUAAUGUGGAAUGCAUUGGUUUGGAAUAUGCAGGCGUUGGGAGUUAUAUAUCCUUUCGAACAUGAUUGAUGCGACUAUCCUACGCAAUGUUCAUACACGAUGGCACUUUAAUGUCCAGCCAGUUCCAUGGCCGCCAUAGUGAAUAAUUAACACCAUCUAACCCCAUUGUAGAUCAGCG